ACACGGCGAUGUUUUCUAAGGUUUUCUCAUAGAACGAUUAUUAUAAUAGAAAUAUGAUAUUAUAGAAAAGAGAGAGCCCUCUCUCUCUCUCUCUCUCUAGUUCUAACCUAGAAUCAUACAUGAUCAAUCAAAGAGACUAGAAAUGUUGUGUGGAGUAUUUUGGAAAUUGAAUUGAAUACUAUUCUGAACUCUGUGGAAAAAAAAGAAAAUAAGAAAUCAUUUAGCUUGACAAUAAAGAUUUGAUUUGAGUUUUCGCAUGAAAAAUGGCUACAGCAAGAGUUAAAACUAAAUUACCGACAAUACGAGGUGCGAAGCCUUCCUUAAGAAAUGCACAAUUGCUUAUCUCGUCAGGACUACCAUCUCUAGACAAUGUAAUAGGGGGUGGUUUACCUAUCGGUUCCAUAUUAUUGAUUGAGGAGGACAGAUUUGAUGUCCAUGCCAAAAUCAUAUUAAAAUACUUUAUGGCAGAAGGAAUCGUUACAUCUCAGCCACUACUGGUUGCAUCGAACGACGUUGAAACUGCACAACUUGUAUCGGAACUGCCAGCAGUCACGAAUGAUGAUGCCGAGUCUGAUAAAAGGCCAGAGGAUAAAACGGAUAAAGAGAUGAAAAUUGCUUGGCGAUAUCAGAACAUGAAAAUGGUGGACUCAUCUCCCGAGGGAGGUCAAACCAGGGGGUUUGGCCAUUAUUACGAUCUCUCUAGCACGAUGCAGGAAGAUCUGAUAAAAACUGCGAAUAUAAAACAUUGGCACGCAUGUUAUUGGCCAGACCAGAAUCACAUGUUCACAAAUAAGGCUUACUACGAUUUACUGCGUACCAUUCAACGUACCUUGCACGAGGGACAGUAUUUCCUCUCUGAAACACCGAGGGAAAGAAAUAUUUUGCGGAUUGCUCUCCACUCCCUGGGAUCGAGAUUGUGGCUCUCCGAUCGGGAUCGCUCGUCGAAUGACGACUUGGUCAAAUUCUUUUAUUGUUUCAGAACACUCUUGAGAAAUUCGUACGCAGUUGGCGUGACAACGGUUCCAUUCUACAAUUUUGAGCAUAGCACCGUUAUCGAGAGACUCGAACACAUGUCGGACAUAGCAAUUCGAUUAAAAUCCUUUGCGGAUUUUCCGGAGGAGACCGAUCCACUGUUUAAAGAUUAUCAUGGUGUUUUGCAAAUGAAGAAAUUGCCUGCACUAAGUAGUUUGGCGCCCCAUUGUCCGGUGCACAGAGAUCUAGUUUUUAAAUUGCGUCGUAAAAAGUUCGUUAUAGAGAUUCUGCAUUUGCAACCCGAGUUUAAUGAUACGGCUCAACGAGAGCAAGAUGAAACAACUGAAUCCAUCAGUGGAUGCACGAGUGGAUCUCACAAUAAUCUAUUGGACUUCUAAAUUUAUAUGUAAUACAUUUUGUAUAUAAGGUUGGAUUUAAUAAAAAUAUAUUUCUUCAUUAAAAGAUUCACCCCGACAGAU